AAACCAGACAUGACGAAGAGUACAAAGCUUCCAUAAAUACAGCAAGCCACUCCAUUUUUUCAUUAUCAUUUUCACCGAAAUGUGCUUAUUUCCUCCAUCUAGGCAAUGCCAUCCAAACGGUCAAGGUCAAGGACCCAGUCAAGGUGGUCACCGUCCGUGGAACAAACUUUGAAGCGGCCGGCACCGGUGGAAGCGCCGCUGUAGAAAAGGCCCCCGAAGGCAACUACAAAUCCGACCUCACCGAGUUCGUCAGCCAGGAACUGACGAAAUCCGACCGGCCAUCGCUGACCGCUGCCAAGAUUGUCAUCUCCGGUGGACGUGGCAUGAAGUCCGGUGACAACUUCAAAAUGCUGUACGAUCUGGCCGACAAGUGGGGAGCAGCCGUGGGUGCCUCGCGUGCCGCCGUCGAUGCCGGAUUUGUGCCCAACGAUCUGCAGAUCGGACAAACCGGUAAAAUUGUAGCUCCAGAGCUGUAUGUUGCCGUUGGAAUUUCUGGCGCAAUCCAACAUCUUGCUGGAAUGAAGGACUCGAAGACGAUCGUAGCCAUCAACAAGGACCCAGAGGCACCGAUCUUCCAGGUCGCUGACUACGGUUUGGUUGCCGAUCUGUUCAAGGCUAUUCCGGAGAUCAACGAAAAGUGUUGAGAACCGUUCAAAGCGCAACUAGGUAGGUUUAAACAUCCCAUAGAAAGAUUCUCCGUUCUAUUUGCAAUAAUGGGUACAAUUCGGCACGAAAACAAUCAGGGUUGCGGAAUUUUUGUCCGAAGUAAAAUCGUUAGAAAGCAAAUGCAUUUCUCCAUGUUAUGUAAUAAAAGUGAGAUUUUUUGUAUGACUAAA